AUGGAUGAGAACGGUGGAGAGGUCGAAGAGGUUGAAGAGGAGGAGGAGAUGGUUGUUUCUACUACCGAGCCAAAGCAGCUCCCAAAACGCAAACGCAAACCCGCGACCUCUGCCGCGACCACAACGCCCUCGGACACACUGAACCAAACCGAUGUGACAGAAGAGGAAGUCAAACCCAAACGCAGACGCCGCGCGAACGGUGACGCUGCCCUGGGUGCGCCGCCGGCACGUAAACGGGCUACGAAGAGAACCGCUGACGUCAAGACUGAGGGUGCCGCUGAUACCCCCGCUGUGCAACAGGAUGUGCAGGACGGGCCUGUGACAGAGGCGAAGAAGCGGGUGAGGGAGCCGAGGAAGAAGGCUGGCGUUGUUGAGAAGGAAGUAAAGGCUGAAGAUGGAGAUGAAGGGCGUGGUGGUGGAGUGGAUGAAGGGGGCGCAAAUGGCGCUGAUAGGAUGACGGGUGGUGCGGGGAGUAGCGAGGGGAACAGCGUGAAGAACGAAGCAGAUGGAAGCCACUUUGACCACAAUAUGGCGGCGCGCGGGAAGAGUAAUAACGGUGAUGGCAAUGAGAACGAGAUGGAUGGAAACGACCAAGACCCCGACAAUGCGGUGCGUGGAGAGGGCAGCAAUGGUAACAACGGUAACGGUACGGAGAAAAAGCAGACCAACGACAAAAAAGCUGCUGCCGAGAAACCUAAGAAGCCGGCUGCGGCACGUAAGCCCCGCAGCACAGUUCCCAUCAACACCAGCACCUCCGAUGGCGCUGACACCAGCCUCCUCACCCCCGUUGCGCUCAGCCCUUUGGAAAGCCACGUGCUAUGUACAGCGUGGCCGGAGUGUGGCGGAGACUGGAACAAGCUUGCAGCCGUGUUUUUUGAGAAAGUACAUGGGAUGAGCAUGGCGCAGGUUAAGAAGCAUAUUGCGAAUAAGAAGAUGCAGGCUGCAAAUAAGAAGAUGCGGGCGAAGGAGUAG